UGCCACGAGCCGCUGCGGGGUGCGUAUAUAAGCAGCGGUCGGCGUCGGGGCGCGCCACCAGUCCUCUAGUUGUCACCGCCUGUUGUUGUUCAGUGAAGUGUUGUGUGCCUACCACGAUGAGUUCAACGAAAUGGGUACUGUGCGCAUUGGUGAUCGUGUGCGUCAGCGUGCGACAAGCGACGGCUGCGCCCGCGCCUCAAGAUGCUGAGGGACCACCGAUGCCGUAUGAAUACAAGUACGACGUGGAAGACCAAGAGAAGGCUUUGUUCUUCGGAGCCAACGAGUCAGGUGAUGCGCAAGGCAAGGUCGCGGGUGGAUACAAAGUGCUGUUACCGGACGGCCGUCUCAUGUCUGUUGAGUAUACAGUCGAUGGAGACAGCGGCUUCGUCCCCAAGAUAAGCUUCGAGGAUAACGCCAAUCCAUUCGGCAAGGGGAAGUAAAUUAAGAACUUAUAGGACGUCGCUUAGAAUGCUGGUUCGAACAAAAAUAUGGAAUAUUGCACAGAACACUUAUUAAGUCAAGUUAUGUCAACACUAUAUUUUAGUUCUGUAAUAUAACACAACAGUCAAUCGAAGGGGAGCAGAAAAAAUGUCUUCAUGAUUAUUGUUACAUUCUAAGCGGUUUAAUAACUUUAUGAGUGUGAGAAUAAGAAUGAAAAAAAUAUAUUAACGAUUUAAAGCGACGUCCUGUACAGAGGAAUUAGAGAAGACUGGAUUUACGCUGAUGGUACAACUCAUAGUUUGAAUGCAAGAGUAACUAUGUCGAUUCAAAUGCCCAUAAUACUAAGUUUAUUCAUACACAUUGUUCAGACUUGUAUUGUACAUAUACUUACUAUAUAGAAUUUUAUAAAUAAUCCCUAUUAUAUCUAUACCUUUUUCAGUAAUUAACUUCCUGUAUUUCAGUAAUAAGCAAGUCCUAAAUUCUACUCCUACAGCAAAACUGCCCACCUAUUAAUAGAAAAAAAAAGAAAAAUCCCUUUAAUUAUAGAAUAGUGAUGCCGAUAGUGUAAUUGGUUUUAGAGUGUACUUAUUGAAACUUGUCAAGUUACCAUUUCUGUGAUUGUACGGGCGAUGUAGGCCAUUAUUGCCAUUAGAAUAAGUACGAUAUUAUUGUAACGUAGAAAAUAAUUACGAAUGUACCUUUUGCAAUUAGCAUUAAUAUUACUCCAAUUAGAUUUCGUAUUUUAUGUAAUAAAAUAUAUUUUGUAUAAUUA